GCUUAGCAAUGGUCGCAGUUUUGAUAUUCUUCUCUGUGUUUCCAACACUGAUUUUGUGUUCUGGUCAAGGCAAUAUUCAAUUACUAGAAGAUGAAAUAUCUAUGGCACUUAAGUCUUGUGCUAUUACGGAUUUAGGAGCCGGUAAUCGACAAAAAAGAUCUAAUGAUUUAUAUAAUAAUGGUGGUUUAGACGGCAACUCGAAGCAAACGUCAAAGAAAUAUAUUCUCGAAAGACGUAACACUGAUGGGAGACGUGAGCAGAUUUACAAAAUUAAUACAACUGAUGACGAUUUUGAAAACGAUGCACCUAAUGAAAAACAAUGGUUUAGUUUUUCGUCACCACAAACGGGAGGCGCCCGUCAUUACAACUCUAGAAAACUGUAUAGGGCGAAACGCAACGAACCACUUUUUAAUAAAUCUGACACUGACCAGUGCCUUAGUCAAUGUGUGUUUGCCAAUUUACAAGUGGUGGAUCCGCAUGGUAUCCCACGUGAAGCUGAAUUGUGGAACCUUGUGCAGUCUUCAAUCACAUCCCAACAGUCACGUGCUGCUUUACAUGACCAAAUACAUGCUUGCUUUCAAGAACUACAAUCCGAAACCGAAGACAACGGAUGUUCAUAUUCAAACAAACUAGAAAAAUGUCUCAUGUUGCACUUCGCUGAGAGAAAAGAGAAGAAUAUGAAAUCAAGAAAUUCUAACUAGCAGACUUCUUUUAUUUUUGUUGUGUUGGUUUAUGCCGUCUAAUAAUAUUUAAUAGCAAAAUUGUAAUGAUCCAUUUGUAUUCGAUCAUAAAGUGUGUAUAAACUUAAUAAAGUUUUGAAAACA